UAGCAGUAGAGUCGGCCGCCUUAGUAGAAAAUAGAUUUCCUAAAUAAGUCGUCGAGAAGCCAUCUCAGUCCGUAAGUCGUAAGUCAGUUACAUUGUAGUUGUGGGUUCGCGUAGAUGUUAGAGAAUAAAACUUUUAUGAAGUGGCUGUAUAAUAAUAAAGUUUGAAUAGUCGUGAUUCCGAAAACCCGCAUCAACUAUAUCAGGGAUUUAUUUCGUAUUAUUGUUCCAUUAAACCACCCGUAAUCGUAGGAUUUGUGGAUUUAAACUCAAGUGCACGCAGUUAUCUUCAGACUAAAAAUGCCUUUCUUGGUUUUUUACUGAUGGAAUCUGGUGGGGCAUAAAUCAUGGAGGUUCAGAUCUGGUAUUUGGUGGUUUUAACGCUGUAUAUUACUAAAGAAUUUGAAGUAUGUGCGGUAACUUUUUCAGGUGAUGAUGAGGACGUUGACGUCCUUCAAAAUGUCACCGUAAUAAGCCCCAACACAACAGUACUUGUGUGUCCAACAAACGAGGGCCAAAUAACUUGGAAAUAUUUAAAUAAUAGCGAUGGACCGGAAACAAAUAUAGAGAGUGACUCUCCCUCUUCGUUUACAUUAAUACCGAAAGAACAUGGCAGUGGCAUAUAUGAAUGUUUGGCGAAUAAUUCUUUUUUGAUUAAAAAGUUUAACGUUACUGUGUUAGAAGCGCCAUAUUUUACACGAAAAAACCAAAUGACGAAGCUAUUAGUGAAGCCUGCCGGAAACAUGGUGAGGCUCACUUGUAGAGCUGAGGGAAAUCCCAAGCCGAAUAUCACGUGGUAUCGAGAUGACAAAUCUCCCCCUACAAGGAAAUUAGGAGAUAUCAAAAUCAACCACUUCUCGUUAACAUUGGAAGAUUUGGUUCCUAAUGAUAAAGGAAAUUAUACCUGUUUAGUGUGUAACAUCAUUGGAUGUAUCAAUUUUACUUUUGCCGUGGAUGUAGUAGAGCGAUACCCCUCAAAACCGUACAUUAAAGAUGGAUAUCCUCAAAAUCAAACGGUUUUAGCUUACACCAAUAUAACCCUAGAAUGCCCACAAAUCAUUGUGGAUUUGGAACCCUACAUUCAAUGGUUUAAGUUAAAUGACACUGAAAUCACUGAGGAUGACUUAAGUAAUUUGAAUUGGAUACAGUUAGAACAGAAGAGUGAUGAUGGUAGGGGAAACCCGGAAGCGUAUGAGAUAUUGAAUGUAACUCAUCAAGAUGAAGGAUGGUAUGCCUGCUUUGCGUCUAACAGUCUCGGCACAACAGUGUCUAGAGCUUACAUUACCGUAGUCGAUGAACAACCAGAUGUACAGACGGAACACCAGGAGAUACCUAGAACUAAUGUAGGGUUAAUCAUUGCUAUAAUUGGAACUGUGGGGAUAAUUGUCAUCUUUAUCAUAUCAUUCAUAUGUAUUCAUUUCCGUCAAAAAAUAAAACGUGAAAAGAGGGAGAAAAUGAUAGCUGUAGAAACAGCCCGGGCUGCCAUUGUUACUCAGUGGACCAAAAAAGUUAUUAUUGAAAAAAUCAGUAACUCCUCUGAAAACAUAGCAGAACCGUUGCUUAUGCCAGUGGUUAAAAUCGAAAAACAAAAACUUCAAGUUAACAACAAUGAUGAUGGCAAAGUUUCUGAAUACGAAUUGCCCAUGGAUUCUGAUUGGGAAAUACGUAGGGAAAAUUUGUUAUUGGGCAAAAAUCUUGGAGAAGGGGCUUUUGGUAGAGUUGUAAAAGCUGAGGCCAGUAAUAUUGUCAAACCAGGAAACUCAGUUAUUGUAGCAGUUAAAAUGUUAAAAGAGGGUCACACAGACAACGAAAUGAUGGACUUGGUAUCAGAAAUGGAGAUGAUGAAGAUGAUUGGAAGGCAUAUAAACAUCAUAAAUCUUUUGGGAUGUUGCACGCAAGGUGGUCCAUUGUAUGUAAUAGUAGAAUAUGCUCCACAUGGGAACUUACGAGACUUUUUACGACAGCAUAGACCUUCAUCUGGCUAUGAACUAGCUGUCGGAGAGAAAAAAGAGAAAAAGACCUUAACGCAAAAAGAUUUAGUGUCCUUUGCUUACCAAGUUGCAAGAGGUAUGGAGUAUCUCGCUUCUAGAAGGUGUAUUCACAGAGAUUUGGCUGCUAGAAAUGUACUAGUCAGUGACGACUAUAUCCUAAAAAUAGCCGAUUUUGGUCUGGCUAGAGAUAUUCACUGCAGUGACUAUUAUAGAAAGACGACAGAUGGAAGGUUACCAGUUAAAUGGAUGGCUCCAGAAGCACUAUUUCAUCGAAUGUAUACCACACAGUCAGAUGUUUGGUCUUAUGGAAUUCUGCUUUGGGAAAUCAUGACAUUGGGAGGUACACCAUAUCCUUCGGUACCAAGUGUUGAAAAACUCUUCCAGUUGUUACGGAAUGGUCAUCGAAUGGAGAAACCUCCCUGUUGUUCUCUAGAAAUAUACAUGCUGAUGCGAGAAUGUUGGAGUUACCAACCAAACGAACGACCGAUAUUUUCAGAACUAGUGGAAGACUUAGAUAGAAUAUUAACAAUUACAGCGAACGAAGAAUAUCUUGAUUUAGGUCUUCCUCAACUAGAUACUCCUCCUUCGAGUCAAGAGUCAAGUUGCGAUGAGGAAUUUCCAGUUUCUCUUACACAACAUUUGUCCUAGUCAAUAAUGUUAAGUAUAUAUUUCUGUAAUUAUAGCCUGAGUUCUGGUCAUUUCUUAAUGGUUAAAUUAACUGAUCUAAAUGGUUCCGUGACAUCUCGUCACGCGACAGUUCGUAACUCCACAAGAAGUAACGCAUAAUCCGUAACGCUGUCAAUUUGUAACGGCAACACCUCGUAAAAUCGACAGUUCGUAACUAUAUCUAUUCGUAACGGCAUAAUUCGUAACGCCAACACUUAUUUUUUUUAUUUUUCGUCCUGAAUUAUUAUUUUAAAGUGAUAUAGCUACUGUUACAGGUAGAUUAUAUUCAGUUUAAGACACAAUUUUUAAAACAUAUUUCUCCAUGAAAUAUAAAAUGUGUUAAAAAUGUUUAUCCUGAUGCUCUUUCGUUAAAUUGAUAAAUGUAAUUUCAAUUAAAGCUGUAAUAUUAAUUGGUUUCCAGCAAAAAUAAACAGAAUAAUUAAAUUUUGACGUUAAGAAUGAAUUAUACCGUUAGGAAUAGUUACGAACUGUCGAUGUUACGAGAUAUCUUAGCACCAAUCUUAACACCGCGUUAAUAUCGAAUUUUGAGAUUAAUUGAGGUAUAAUCAACAUUUUCAUCUUUAUAAGAAGCUUCUUAGGGAAUGUAACAAAAUAGACUGGUGGGGGACAGUAGACGAUUAUCGGUACAACAUGAAUCUGCUAUACAAUUUUCGUAAUCGCCACGGAGUAAUAAAAUUGUAGAAGCGGGCAGUGUCAGGUGUGGGUGCCCAUAUUUUUGCUUACAGGGUACACAAAAUAGACAUUUAAAAAUAUUUGUUACGAGUAGGUAAUGAUAUUUCGGUAUCUACUUUACAUGUUGUUUCAGUUGUUUGUUGUAAAUCUAUAAAAGUGACUAUUACACUUAUUGCAUUAGGAAUAAAUUAGCUCAUAAACUUGCGCUGAUGAGCAACAAGGUUUCUUUAUAGGAAGGUCGUAUACAGAGCCAAUAUUCGUCAUAAGACAGAUUACAGAGAAAGCAUUAGAAUGCAAUAGACUCGCAUUUCUAUGUUUGAUUGACUUGAAGAAGGCAUUUGACAGAGUAAGAUGUAAUACAUCUCUUGCAUAAUAAAGAGAUGUAUCUGGAUAUUAUAACAGCAACUGAAAAGGUCUGUCAAAAUCAUAACAUAGAAGUCAAAAUUGAUGGGCAACUUACAGAAUGUAUAUAUACAGACAGAGAGAUUGACUAAGCCCUGUGCUAUUCAACCUGACGAUCUCAAUCCAGUAAACUGGAAGAUGUAAGAAGUAAACUGGAAAUCGAUGGAGUUGGCAUUGAACAAGUAAUUGAAAUAAAGUAUCUACACUAUCCAGCUGAAAAGAAAUAAAAGAUCAAGUACAAAGAGAUAAUAGAUUAGCAGGAUGCCUUAAUAAUGCCCUAUACGGCGUAACCGACACUAUAAGUGUGAUAUGAAAUCAAGAAUCUGUAAGUCCAGUAUAAGAACCAUACAGUCAGAAAAAUGAAAGAAUACCCAUGGACAAACAUAUAAAACACGCUGUAUUUCCCUGUCACCGUGUAACAAAGAAAAUUGCCCAGCGCAAGUACAUGUAAUAAUAAUUAUUACAUGUACUUGCGCUAGCCAAUUUUUUGUGUGACACGGUGACAGGAAAAUACAGCGUGUUUUAUAUGUUCGUUCAUGGGUAUUCUUUCAUUUUUCCUACUGUAAUGACGAUGAAGUGCGCAUCAGAAACAAGACCCUACACAGCUUAGAGACAUGUUAACAACAUUAUAUCUGUGCCAUUACAUCCCUAAGGAAGAUGCUUAUAAUGUAAUGAAACAUUAAAUCGAUCUCAUAAAUACGUCACUUAAUAAGUUAUAUUGUUAUAGUGAUGAAUGUUUCGUGUAUCCGAUGUAGGAUUUAUACAGAUUUUAAAAAAAAUCUUCAAAACUGGUGACUAUAAAAACUACUUCUGAGAAACACUAAAAUACUCUUUGCGGUAAAGUUAUGACCAAAACUUAUUAUUUCUUAAUAACGAUUUGUGAUUUUAUUGAAUAUUUGUAAUUUGAUCAAUAUUGAAUAUUUGUAAUGCAUCAAAAUAUUAUCAGUAUUAAUUAUUCUACAUCGAAUACUCCUAGAAAGCCAUAUACCUUAAAACAGUUAUCAGAUUUUAAUCCUAGAAUUCAGUAUCAAUUAUUUAUGGAUCCUUUAUAAUGUGUCAAUUAAAAAAAAACUAUUUUGUGGAAUUUAUUGUGUGACUUUUAUGGUACAUAAGCUUCUACAUUUUCUUGGCUUAAUAAAUAUUCUCUGAAAAUAUGAAAAAAAAACAGAAUGAGAAAAAAAAGGGAUUUAACACGUUCUUCUAAAAAUCUGUUUUUUACAUACUGCGACCACGAUUUCUCAAAAUUGAUUGGACCGCUCUUUCUAAAAUUUUAACUAAGUAUUUGCUACACAUUUGAGUAUCGCAUGAACUAACAUAACGCUAUAAUUUCAAUUUUUUUUCUACCUUUUUCGGUUGUCAAACUGCCAAAAAUAGCAAAAAAUAUCGAAGUCAAUUCUUUAUAGAACUUGUUUUUUUUUUAGUUCAUACUAUAGUUACUAUACUAAAUUUACAAUCAAGAUGCAGUAGAAAUAAACAAACCAAAACACGUUAACUGCUACUAGGAGCACCCCCGAAUCAUAAUUAACAAUGUAUAAAUUUUGGAAAUCAUGAUUUGGGAUUUACAAUGUACAUACAUUGUAAAUUAUGAUUCAGCAGUGCUCCUAGUAGAACUUAACGUGUCUUGGUUUGUUUAUUUCUACUGCAUCUUGAUUGUAAAUUUAUUAUAGUAUACUACACAGAAAUCUUCGUGAAUCUUAUGUUUCAGAUAAUUUCUUGGAAUUGUUCCUUUCAGACAAUUUUGGGACAAUCCGCCAUUUUAAAUUUAUAAGAUGUUGAAAUAAAGUAAUUAAAUAAAAAAAAUUUUUUUGCACAUUUUAGGAUGCGUUUAUUAAGCCAAAAAAUUUAGAACCUUAUACAGGGUGUUUCAUUGGGAAACGGAAAUACUUUAGUGGUGAAUAGAGGUCACCGAGCCGGUUCAAGAUAUACUACAUUUUUUGCCCUACCGACUUUUAUAACCGAGUUACAGGUUGUUUUAUCGAUUUUGCCCAUUUCUUUCCUAAGCCAUAACUUUAGAACCACCCUGUAUAUUUUUUUGAUAUUUGGUACACAUAUGUCUCAUUCAAAACCGAAACGACCGACAUAUUAACCAUAAGAAAAAUCCAGGUCCGGAUUAACAAAAAAUUAUAAAGUAAUUGUAAUCUUAAAACAACACCCUGUAUAUUGAAAUUUUGAAAAUCUGUUUGCAUAUUUGAAAAGAGCAGAAAAAAGUAAGUUUAAUGGUUUGCUUCAAUUUUUCGGCCAGACAAUUUUAUGACUUUCAUUUUGAAAUUAUAUUGAAUUUUUUAAAAACUUUGACAUUAAAAAGCAGAUAUUAUUAACUUUUAGUUAUAAAUUAUUAAAUUUAAUGAAUAAAUACUCAUUUUAAAAUUAAAUAACACUUAUUUACCACAUUGGAACGACCCAAUUACUAAUGACAAGAAAAAUCCAGGUCCGGAUUAAGAAAAAAAUAUAAAGUAAUUGUGACCUUGAAACAACACCCUGUAUAUUGAAAUUUUGAAAAUUUGUUUGCGUAUUUUAAAAGAGCAUAAAAAACUGCGUUAAAAGGUGCAUGUCAAAUUUUUGCGCAGAUAAUUUAAUUACGGCAAUUUUGAACUCAUAUUGAUUAAUUCUGUCAACGUCACAAGAAGCUACCAGAAAAAUGAAGAACAAUCCCAAUAUACUUAGAAAAUCGAUUCGAAAUAUUUUAAAACGAGCAAGGAAAUGCAUCGAACAAAAUGGCGGACAUUUUGAGCAACUGUUAUAGUUCAAAUAUUUUUAAUUUAUGUUAAAUUGUUGAAUUGUAACGAAUUUUUGUUUUAUUAGAUAUAGCAGUUUUUUUAAUUCUUUACUAAAUCAUUAAAAUAUCCCAAUUCUCGCAUUUCUAAUUUUUAAUGAUGUGCAUACAGCUACAAAUCCAGAGAAUCUAUGAAGCCAGCGUAGUAAAUAAGUAUUAAGUAUUUUUAAAGUAAGUAUUGAUUCAUUAACAUUAAAUUAUUAUUAAAAGUUAACAAUACCUGGUUUUUAAUCUCAGAGUUCUUUAAAAUUUCAAUAUAAUUUCAAAAUUGAUGUAAUUAAAUCAACAUCGAAAAAAUUAAAAUAAGCCUUUAAUCACAGUUUUCAUGCUCUUUUAAAAUGUGCAGACAAAUUUUUAAAAUUUCAAUAUACAGGGUGUUGGUUCAAGGUCACAAUUACUUUGUAUUUUUUUCUUAAUUCGGACCUGGAUUUUUCUUGUCAUUAGUAAUUGGGUCGUUACAAUGUGGUAAAUAAGUAUUGAUUAUUUUUAAAAUGAGUAUUUAUUCAUUAACUUUAAUAAUUUAUAACUAAAAGUUAAUAAUAUCUGCUUUUUAAUGUCAAAGUUCUUAAAAAAUUCAAUAUAAUUUCAUAAUUAAAGUCAUAAAAUUGUCUGGCCGAAAAAUUGAAGCAAACCAUUAAACUUACUUUUUUGUGCUCUUUUCAAAUAUGCAAACAGAUUUUCAAAAUUUCAAUAUACAGGGUGUUGUUUUAAGGUCACAAUUACUUUAUAAUUUUUUGUUAAUCCGGACCUGGAUUUUUCUUAUGGUUAGUAUGUCGGUCGUUUGGGUUUUGAAUGAGACAUAUGUGUACCAAAUAUCAAAAAAAUAUACAGGGUGGUUCUAAAGUUAUGGCUGGGGAAAGAAAAGGGCAAAAUCGAUAAAACACCCUGUAACUCGGUUAUAAAAGUCGGUAGGGCAAAAAAUGUACUAUAUGUAGAACCGGCUCCUUGACCUCUAUUCACCAUGAAAGUUUUUCCGUUUCCCAAUUAAACACCCUGUCUACCAUAAAAAUCACAAUAAAUUCCAAAAUAAAUACUUUUUUUCGAAAUUGACACAUAAUAAAGCCCCCUUAAACAGUAGCUCAGAUUAUUACAUUUUUAUAUGGUCAUAUUUUUUAUAACAGUAGUGAUAUAGCAAUAAUCAACAUGAUAAUAUAAACAAUGGGCAUUAAUAAGUUAAUAGUAAAAAAUACAGGGUUUUUUCUUCAAUAUGUAUAAAUUAUACAGUGUCAAAACCACUUAUGGAAUAUAUAUAUACCUAGGUUCUUCUAUCAAAAAUAAAAAUAUACUCAAGAAGAUUCACCCGAGUCCAGCAUUGAUGGUAUUUUUCUCCUGUUCUCCCUUAAAGUGUCCACUUCGGGGGAGAUGCAGGUUAAGAGGCAGAUACUCCACCUCCUCCCAUCUCCACCCACGAACAACAGAGACAAGAAGAUUCAGCAGAGACAAGAAGGUCCAUCUGGUCCGUAUGGGCGGGUAAUGUUACUUACAAGGGGGUUAAGUGUGGUACCUCCAGAGGAACGCUACAGUCACUAUUACUACAGCGACCUCCAUCCACAGAACGUUGCCUGCAUUAGGAAUUGGAAAAGGUCAUCAUAGGUCAUCAGCAGUUGUGGUGUUUUGCCAAGCUAUAGACGUAUUUACCCUCUUCUCAGCCUUCCUGAAGUACCUCUACCCAUGUUUCCAACUGUUCCAUUAUUUUGUACCUGGAGACGCUCCCAGUACGUGCGUCAUACCCAGGGAAUAAAACCUGAUACGUUAUAGAUAAGUUUCUUAAUACACGACUUCAAAGAACUAUAAAUAUUGCGGAGAAUAUGGAUAAUAGGGGGUGAAAUUUGGAAAUUACUUAAAGUGUUCCUGUGUUGACAGUAGUUCUGCUAAAGUAACGUCAAAAAUAAUAUUCCAUAAUAGCUUUUCACACUGGAUAUAUAAUUAUAAGUAAUAGCUUCCGUAGAUACUUUAUGAAUAAUGUGUAUAUUUAUUUUGUGUCCUGAACAUCCUUCCUGAACUUUUUUCCCACCUGAACCCAUUUUUUUUAAUAUCCUUAAGGUAUCUGGCUAAGAAGACGAUAUCUUACUGUUGCCUAUUAGAAAUAUUAACUUUUGGCAAAAUGAAACACUAAUUAUGGCACUUUUAUUGACGUAUGACAUAUGUUUUAUGCAAAUCGUAGGUGCAAGACCAUUUCGCCGUCGACAUUGGUUCCUUUGGCGUCCCACUACAAUUGUUUUAAAGCAUGGUUAAAUUAUUGUAUUAUGUUCGCGAUAAGUUUGGAGUACUGAUAAUCUAUACGACUUUCCUCGGACGCUCUCAUUAUGCUGUUAAUUUAUAUCGUGUCGAAUGCUUUGCGAAAGUCUACGAAAGCCAGGACCAAUGUCCUUUUAUAUUCGAAAGAUUUUUCUAUAAUACCUUCUAUGCAGUGGAGAUGGUCGUUAAUGCGUUUUCCUAAUACCUGCCUCUUCCUUCAUCAACAUCAUCCUCCAGCCCUUUGCGUCCACUGCUGGACAUAGACCUCCCUAAUUUUUGUCCAUUGUGCUCUAUUUUGAGCACUUUGCAUCCAAUUUCUUGACAUUUUCUUGAGAUCGUCAGUCCAACGAGUAGGUGGUCUUCUUCUACUUCUUUUGUCUAAUCUCGGCCUUCACUCAAGUAAUCUCUUCGUCCACCUCCCAUCACUGAUUCGGGCGACGUGUCCGGCCCAGAUAUACUCAGCAUUGACCUUUCCAUUUUCCUCUGAGCUAUUUGCAGCAUUUUAGAAGUUGUAGCUGUCAAUCUCAAAGUUUCGGCACCAUAAGUCAUCACAGGCAACACACAUUGGUCAAAUGUUUUACGUUUUAAAGAAAUUGGUAUAUCGCUUUUAAAGAUAUCUUUGAGUUUUCCAUAGGCUACCCAUGCUAGGUUUAUUCUUCUUCGUAGUUCGCAUGUUUGGUUGUCUCUUGUGAUCUUUAUUUCGUGUCCAAGGUAUAUGUAAUUUUUCCACUAGCUCUACUUCGUUGUCUCCAAUAUUGAUAUUUCCGCUAGGUACUAGGUUUGUCAUGAAUUUUGUUUUGGAGAUGUUUAUUUUAAGACCUACACUGGCACACGCUAACUGAAGUUCAUGUAGCAUUGUACAUAUCUCCUUGAGGUUGUCAGAGAAUAAAACUAUGUCGUCUGCGAAUUUCAAAUUUGUUAAUCUUCUACCGUCAAUAUUCAGGCCUCGCUCUUCCCAGUUAAGUAUUUUACAAGCAUAUUCUAGUACUGCGGUAAACAGUUUAGGCGAUAAGGUAUCGCCCUGUCGGAUUCCUCUGCCGAUUGGGAUAUGGUCUGUGUUUUUAUGUAGUUUCACCGACAUAGUUGCGUUCUUAUAUGUAUUGUAAAUUAACCUUGUGUAUCGGUAGUCAAUGCGGCAUGCUUGUGGUGCUUCCAGAAUUUUGUGAAAUUCUACCGUGUCAAAGGCUUUAUGGAAAUCUACAAAAGCCAAAACGAGUGGUCGAUUAUAUUCGAUAGUCUUUUCUAUUACCGUUUUAAUGCUCUGUAAGUGAUCAUUUGUUCCAAAUCCGGUACGAAAUCCCGCUUGCUCCAUUAGCUGGUAGAAAUCAAGUUUUUUCUCAAGACGAUUCGUUAAUAUUCUUGUAAGGAGUUUGUAUAACUUGCCUCUUCCUUAGGUUGGUAAAAAUCUAAUUUUUUGUUCAGUUAUUAUUCUUGUGAAUAACUUGUAGAGGGGGUUUAACAGGCUUAUGGGUCGGUAAUUCUCGAGGUCUUUUGGAUCUCACUUUUUGUGAAAUAAAAUGGCAGGUGCACUGUGCCAUCUUGUAGGUAUUUUUAGUGCAGACAUAAGUUGAACGUUCCUUUAUAUUCUCUAAAAGUUCGUCUCCAUUAUUUGCAGCUUCUAUAACGAUAUUAUCUUCUUCCAGAGCUUUAUUUCUUUUCGUUUUGUUCAAUGCAUUCGUAAUUUCGUCUGUUAAUAUAGCAGGCAUCAAUUCCGGUUCUUGGAAUGCUGGUUAAUAGUAGUGCACACUAUUUCUAAUUCUAUUGUGCCGGACUCAUCGUGCUACCAGGUGGAGUGGGUAUUCCAUCUAAAGUGCUUAAUUAUCUGACGCCACAAAGUUAUACAGCAUGUUUAGUUAUAAAUUAGAUAUAUGUACAUAUUAUAAAUGGCAACACUGAGCGCCGUCGAGUACGAUACAGUCCCCUCUUCCCACGCUAAUGCAUCUGAUUCUCACCGAUUGUAACUCCGUCGCUCCGUCCUAUUCGUCAUUCGUCACAACGAUAGUGGAAUAAGCAAUGUUGCCGAUUUUAGCUCUUCCUUCAGUCGGCUAUAUCUAAUCGAAAACUUAACGUAUUGUAUAAAUGUGUAUUUACAGGCAUUUUGCCAACUGAUAAUUUUAAUGAUCUUAGGGAAAGCUAAAAUAACAGUAUGUUUCUGUUAAUUAAGACAAUUUAAUUUAUAUUUGAGUUAUAGUUGAAUAAAGUGUUGCUUUUUUAGGCCCUGGUCCAUCUAGGAUUUAAUGGUUUUGGUAAACCGAAAAUUGCAAUCGAACAUGCGCAAUAAUUGUUAUUUUUUACCUUAAACAUAAUAUAGAAUGCAAUAAUUGUUAUAUUUUACAUUAAACAUAAUGUAUAAGGCAAUGCAUGUUAUUUUUUACCUUAAACACAAUAUAGAUAGGAUUUCUACUUCAGGGAAUAGUUGAACAAACAGUAUAAAUACAGUGUGUUGCAUUAAUAGCUGGACUGGUAAUCAUACUUUCGUACUAGAUUCAACUGAGAGAUUAUUCAUGUAUCACUGAUUUAGAUGGUUUUUAUACUACUUAUAGAAAUAACAUAUUUUAAUUGAAUGUUAAAAACAAGACUUAGUUGUAUGAAGUACAUUUUUUUAUUUAUAUUACUUUUACUACCUUAUCCGUAAUGUAAUCAAAACAUCACGUUUCUUUUUACAUAAGUUAAAUAAAAUGUUUGAUAUAGAUCAUGUCAGAACUGCAUUGUUUCGAGUUUAAAUAUAUUUAUUAUUAAGAGAA